AUGUCCAAGCGCUAUGCCAAGUUUGAUCUUGACGCUCUAUGCUCGCUAGUUUCGUCCUUGCCCUCAGUCUCUUCACCUAUAUCCAAUAUAGAGAAGAUGGAGGGUGGCUUCAACAAAGCUUUGUUGAUGACUGCUGAAAAUGGGAAAGAAGUCAUCGCCAAGAUACCACGUCCUGCUGUUGUGCCGUCGAGGUAUAGCACUGCGUCUGAAGUUGCUACAUUGGAAUACGUGAAGUCUCAUACUUCUAUUCCGGUGUCCAAAGUCCUUGCCUGGAGCUGUAAUGCUCUAAAUCCUGUCGGGAUCGAAUACAUUGUAAUGGAGAAAGCCAAGGGACGGCAGCUAGUCGAAGUAUGGGGCGAGAUGGAUCAGCCGCAAAAGUUCAAAGUUAUCCAAAACCUCGUCCUGCUGGAAAGCCAGCUGGCCUCAGUGAAGUUCCCUGGUUACGGAAACUUGUAA